AUGGACGACGCCUUCUUGCCCGGCGCUGGUGAAUCCAAGCUCCUCACUCUGCUCCCCGCAGAGGUGUUGCAUCAUAUACUGCAGUUUCUCCCCCCCGCCGACCUGGUGUUGAGAGUGCCCUGCGUGUGCUCGGCCCUGCACGCCUUCAUCAAAGGGAACCGUAACUUGUUCCGUCAGGUCUACCUGGAUGUGCUUGAUGAACCCACUGAUAAUACCGGCCUGAACUGGGAGCAAGAGGUUCGAGAUCUUGUCCGACUUGAGACGAUAUGUAAUCGCCAAGCUGCGGCGGACAAGAGACACGAACUGGACUUUGUUCACCACAUCGUCACUCACCUCCUCAAAAACGCCUCUCCCUCAGAUGAAUCCGUCAACCCCUCCCGCACACACGCAACCUCGCGCAACGCCGCCCUGCUGCAGCGCAUCUUCCGCGAUGGAACCACGUCAGAGGCCUUUCUCCAGCGCUCUUCUCUGUUUGAGCGUGUUCGUGACCAUCACCACCACUCAGCAUCUGCAGCCCCUCAGUCAGUAAAUGCGGACCGUAGGGCCAUUCAGCAGAAGAGCGCUCAUCUUCACUGCCUCCAUGGGCGGCCGAUUUUGAAUGCGGGCCGUCUGCGCUCUCACAGGACUUACCCAUUUGCGUGCUCCAAGGUGUACGAUAUGCGCGAGUACACCAUGAACUCCAGAUGGGGGCCCUUUCUGGCUGACGGUUCCGACGGCGUCGACUGGGAAAAGGUCGAGGCCAUCCUCGUGGUCCUGAGCAACAACGUCGGCCCCAGACGCAAGGUUCCUCAGAUAUUUGGUGAGAUCUGGGACAAGCCAUUCUCCGGCUCCUGGUCAGACAGCUUCAAAGUCCCUCCGCCGCGCGAUCUGACCUCCCUCGAGGCGCGCGAUCCCUACGGCGUCACAGGCACAUGGUACCGCAUUGUCUGCUUCCUCGACUACAGCGACUUCUUCGCCUUCAACUUUCCUGAUCACGAUUUUGUCGCUCCUGAUGCGCCACGACCUGCCCUUGAUGUCGGCGAGGCCACUCGUUUAAUAAUGCUCCGUCUUCAGGUCACAUCCAUUCAGAACCCCGGGCCGGACGAUGGACAAGAUUUGCCAGUUGUGCACUUCAAAGGCGUCUCGCGAUCCCUGGAUGACUCGUUCGACCACAACGCCAACUCAAAUAUCCGAGCAUUCGCCUCGAAAGGUACCGUCCGUCUAACCCGGGAGGGAGAAGUUCGUUGGACAACCUUUUCCAUCUUCCAUGGCGUCGAACGCUGGCGCAGCGAAGGCGUCCAGAUCGGUGGCGUGCGCUCAGCUCGUGGUGUCGUGGGCAACUGGUUUGAUAGGGACUAUGAUGACCAUGGCCCCGCUGGCCCUACGGCGUUCUGGAAGGUCGGAACUGCUGAUCAGGUCGCUAACAUGGAGGAUGACCUCUUGCCGAAUGCCCUCUUCCUCCCAUACGCAGCUCUCAUCGACAUGGAUGCCGAGAUUGACCUCGAGGCCGACAUGUCUUAUAACUCUGACGACGAGGACGAUGAGGAUGAUGACGACGACGAGAUGGACGGAGAAGAACUGUCAGAAUUGCUACAUGAUGCAGAGCUACCUCUUACAGAUGUCGGUGUUUCCGACUUGAUAAUUGUUCAUCACCAACAACUAUGA